UCUUUUAAGUGUGGACUGAUAGACCAUGACUGUAUUCACUUUGACACUCACAACGCUUAUCCUUUCAUCCUUAUUGUUUAAAAUUAAAUAUUAAACGAGAACAAUUGAUGCUCACAAGCGCUGUAAGCGCUAAAACGAACGCAACCCAUGUGGCAUGUGGCUUGAGUUUUGUGCCAUCUUAUCGCGUUUCUUGUUUCUGGUUUCAACUAAGAUGAGUCAUGUGUUACUUGCGUUUUCCCGCGCUUAGACGCGUAUAAUCGCUGGUUGAUUUAGCUGAAAUAUCUUGAGAAAAUAUAUUGAUUUUAAAUUCAAAUAAUUUAGGUAUGGCAAUCAGAAGUUCGUAAUGACAGUGUUCCCUUGUACCGUCUGGAAUAAUGAUUUCUAGUUGCUACAAUGUAUCUUGCAUUUUAUAUAUACACAUAUAUAUUUUUUUUAGGUAUUAUUGUAUACGAUAUAUGCUAAGAGGAGAGGAGAUGAAUAACGGUGUCGAGGUCGAGAAAUCAUUACAAGAAACGACACGGGACAUGGAGCAGAAGAAUGGAAACAAAGAACACGAGGAAUAUCAAUAUUUAAGACUUAUCGAGAAAGUUAUUCAGAGUGGAGCAAAGAAAAGCAAUCGCACUGCUAUGGAUACUUAUUCUAUUUUCGGAGCGCAAAUGCGAUUCAGUUUACGAGAUGGUGUUUUUCCAUUACUGACAACUAAACAAGUAUUCUGGCGAGCGGUGAUUGAAGAACUAUUGUGGUUUAUCAAAGGAUCGACAAAUUCCAAAGAAUUAUCGGAUAAAGGUAUUCACAUUUGGGAUGAAAAUGGUUCACGGGCUUUCUUGGAUUCCUGUGACUUCACUGACAGAGAGGAGGGUGAUUUGGGACCUGUCUAUGGUUUCCAGUGGCGGCACUUUGGUGCUGAAUAUAAAGACAUGCACACGGAUUACACAGGACAAGGAAUAGACCAAUUAAAGGAAGUCAUUCACAAAGUAAAGCAUUCUCCUGAGGACAGACGUAUUAUAAUAUCAGCCUGGAAUCCGAUUGAUAUUCCAAAGAUGGCAUUGCCGCCGUGUCACACUUUGGUACAAUUUUACGUAAAUAACGGAGAAUUGUCCACGCAACUUUAUCAAAGAAGCGCAGACAUGGGUUUAGGAGUGCCGUUUAACAUAGCGUCAUAUUCUUUGCUGACUUACAUGAUCGCUCAUGUUACUGGAUUGAAGCCAGGAGAAUUUGUACAUACAAUGGGAGACUGUCACGUCUACGUCAACCAUAUAAGCGCCCUUGAGAAACAGGUAAAACGCGAACCGCGCGAGUUUCCAAAAUUAAGGAUAGUUAGAGAAGUUAAAGAUAUUGACGAUUUCAUUACCGAGGAUUUCAAGUUGAUAGAUUACAAUCCAUACUCCAAACUCUACAUGAAGAUGGCUGUCUGAACUACCUCGCUUGAAUAAGCUUAAUCCUCUGAAAGAUCUAUGUAAUUUACAUUUCGUUCUCAUAAAAUUCAUUUAAUGAAGCGACAUUGGCUGCGUUCAGUAGAAAUAGAAGUUUUACAGCUGUUGUGUGAUUCUUUAA